UAUAUUUAUACAUGCUUAUGUACACCAUAAAAACGUAUACAUGCAUAAUUUUUAAUUUGUUCAUAAAAUGAGGAAGAAGAAAAAAACAGUUUAGUGGAAUUAACUCCCUGUAGACAAAUACUCUAGUCCUGAGGAAUUCGAGUACAACUGUUAAAUAAGGAUUCUUAAGGGCAUAUUAUCUUAUGUUACAAUUAGUCAAUUACACCCAUAUUUGUAUAUCUAUGAUUUUAAAAAGUGCCUGUUAUUAUAAUAUAUAUUCCAUCCCCUUUGUUAUAGUUGUUCAAGCAAACUUAAUAUGAAAAGUUGAGUUAGCCGGCCAAAGUCGUUCGGCCGGCAUUAAUUACAUGUGUGAUUUGAGAGGACCAAAUUCAACCACUGUAGUAUACUUUAAAAAGAAAAAAAAAAAUCAUUUGGGCACAAGCUCCUUAAGUUGAGCACUUCAUUAUUCCAUAACAUUGUGCCAAUUAUGGGAUCCUCCAUCAGUUGCUGCGGCUCGGAGAGGGUAGAAGAAGUACCAACAUCAUUUGGCGUAGUUCACAAUUCAUGGAGAAUAUUCACAUACAAGGAGUUGCAUGCGGCCACCAACGGAUUCAAUGAUGAUAAUAAGCUUGGUGAAGGUGGUUUUGGAAGUGUCUAUUGGGGAAGAACCAACGAUGGUCUUCAGAUAGCGGUGAAGAAACUGAAAGCAAUGAACUCAAAGGCAGAGAUGGAAUUUGCUGUAGAAGUUGAAGUUCUUGGAAGGGUUAGGCACAAAAAUUUGCUGGGUCUUAGGGGUUAUUGUGUUGGAGAUGAUCAACGGCUCAUAGUCUAUGAUUACAUGCCAAAUCUCAGCCUGCUUUCUCAUCUGCAUGGCCAGUUUGCUGUUGAAGUGCAACUCAACUGGCAAAGGAGAAUGAAGAUUGCAAUUGGCUCUGCGGAAGGCCUUCUGUACUUACACCGUGAGGUCGCACCCCACAUCAUCCAUAGGGACAUCAAAGCAAGUAACGUGCUUCUGAAUUCAGACUUUGAGCCUCUAGUUGCAGAUUUUGGGUUUGCAAAGCUAAUCCCAGAAGGAGUUAGCCACAUGACUACCCGUGUGAAGGGUACAUUGGGAUACUUGGCACCUGAAUAUGCCAUGUGGGGAAAAGUCUCCGAAAGUUGUGAUGUUUAUAGCUUUGGAAUUCUUCUCUUAGAACUUGUAACCGGUAGAAAGCCCAUAGAGAAGCUCCCAGGUGGGCUCAAAAGAACAAUAACUGAAUGGGCCGAGCCCCUAAUAACCAACGGAAGGCUCAGGGACCUUGUUGAUCCAAAACUAAGAGGGAACUUUGAUGAAAACCAAGUCAAGCAAACAAUCAAUGUGGCUGCUCUUUGUGUCCAAAGUGAGCCCGAGAAACGGCCCAAUAUGAAGCAAGUGGUUAACCUUCUGAAAGGGUAUGAAUUUGAAGAGAAGAAAGUCACUGCCAUGAGAAUAGAUAGUAUCAAGUAUAAUGAAGAAUUAUUGGCACUUGAUCAACCUAGUGAUGAUGAUGAUCAUGAUGAUGCAACAGCUAGCUAUGGUGUUUUUAGUGCCAUUGAAGUUCAAAAGAUGAAGGAUCCAUACAUGCGCGGUGAUAACAAGAAUAUAGGCUAAAGCCCAAAGAUUAUAUAUAUAUAUAUAUAUAUAUAUAGAGAGAGAGAGAGAGAGAGAAUUUAUUUGUUUUGUGAAGCCUUUAUAUCUAUUGGUAAUGUAAUCAACUUUCAACUUCUAAGUAUAAUUUUCCCGUAAUGACUAA